ACGUACAUUUAUCGAUAUUAUUAGUUCACAAGUACCUCUCAUCAACUAAAGCUAAUUAAUUAAUGCUGAUUUGGUUAUGGCUGAUCAGCAGCGAUCUGGCCACAACACCUCAGAUUCUCGCCGGAAAUUAGCAGCCGGGAGACGAACCUCACAACACAAUACGACGUCAUCAUUAUCUUCCGGUGGAGGAGCCAUGGCGGCAGCUGCAACGACGGGGACAGGAACGGUCUCGCCUUGUGGGGCUUGCAAGUUCUUGAGAAGGAAGUGUGUGAGUGGAUGCAUUUUCGCUCCACAUUUCGGGUCGGACCAAGGAGCGGCUAGGUUCGCGGCGGUCCAUAAGGUAUUUGGAGCCAGCAACGUGUCGAAACUGUUGCAUCAUAUUCCGGUGAACCGUCGUCAUGACGCUGUAGUUACGAUUUCAUAUGAGGCUCAAGCUAGGCUCUCUGAUCCUGUGUAUGGCUGCGUCUCAACUAUCCUUGCUCUCCAACAACAGGUGGCCUCGCUACAGGCGGAGUUAUCACUGGUGCAAUCACAACUAAUAAACAGUAGAGUCGCAAUGGCCAACGUUAUGCAACAACAACAAAAUCAUCACCAACAACAUCAACAACUAGUCGUUAUGCAACAACCUGAAUACUCCAACAACUCAUCCGCCUCCACCACUCUUGCCGGAGCCGCCAUGAAUAGUUUCACCGCGACGGCAGAAGCAGCAGCAGCCGUUAGCUAUGACGUCAUGGCCCCGGCUAAUUUAGAGCAUCCGUUGCAGCAUGUGCCACGGCAUCAACAAGGUAGCGGAAAUCAGCAUGAGGACGAGGAAGAGAGUGGUACUGAGUUUUCGUUGGCUGCGGGCUCGACGGCGUUGGCUGCGGAGGUUAUAUAUCCGGCGGAGGGUUUUCACCGGAUAUGAAUAUAUAUCACUGGGACUGUCUUUAAGUUAUAUAUAUAUAUACCUCCCUUUAAUGUUGAAAAAGAUAAUAAUAUAUAGUAUCUACAUACGUACGUAUACGGUAUACCAAAUAUAUGAAGACUUGAUGUGAAAUAUUUGAAUGAGAUAUAUAACUAGAUUAUUGUUUUA